AUGGGAUGCACAUCAGCAUCUCUGCUAAUGAACUAUGUCUUCACCAAGGCUCACAAAGACGCUGCCCUGUCUCAGGCUCACUCAGCAUCUCAUCCUUUCCUGUUCUCGCUGCAGAAACUGACGUUCACUGGGAAAUGCCGCCUGACCUGCCUCUACGGUGCAGUUCGGGUGUUUGGAUUUACCAUCACUCAGGAGCAGCCUCCCUACAACCUCUUCUCCCCGCAGACCCACUGCGCCCUGACCAUCGAAGCGGUGACCUACGAGACGUUGGAGAAAUCCAAGAAGGAGAUGAGGAUGUCAGCUAGGGCAAUGCUCAGAGCCCAUCACGUGCCCCGUGAUGCUAGAAUUAAACUGCUGAAAAAUUUUGCCCCUUUGUGUUCCGUGGUGCUUUUGGAAAGUCUCGAUACCUCAGUUACAAGAUUCAUUCUUAAUCACCCAGAGUUCUCCCAUAUCUUCCAAGUAAAGAGACAAAAGGGUCCUUGCUUCACACCUGAAGAUGCAGCUCUAGCUUCUACUGGUAUUGGGAAACGCGAUUCUGAAAGUGGCCUGCUUUUGUCUGAAAGUUCAGUUUUGGCAGUUGAAGAGUUAAUCCAAGCAUGUUGUGAGGAAGAUGAUGGUUGCCCUGUCAUUCUGGUGUGUGGCCCAAAAAGUACUGGAAAAUCAACAUUUAACAGAUAUCUUAUUAACCUGUUGCUGAAUCACCUUCCUUGUGUUGAGUAUUUGGAAUGUGAUCUGGGACAGACAGAGUUUACACCACCUGGCUGUGUGUCCUUCAUUAAUGUGUCAGAGCCCUGUCUUGGUCCACCGUUCACUCAUCAGCGAAUGCCACGUAAAAUGGUGUAUUAUGGAGAAGCUAGUUGUGAUCAGGAUACCGAAAGAUAUAUUGACACAGUAAAGUGUGUGUUUAACGCCUACAAGAGAGAAGUGCCUUUGGUCAUCAAUACAAUGGGAUGGGUGAAAGGUGUUGGAUUGCUGCUCCUGAUUGAUAUCAUUCGACUGCUGGCACCCAGUCACGUUGUUCAAAUCAGAGGGGAAGGCUUUAAGGAUAUGCCUCACUUUACCCCAGAAUAUAUUAAUCUUGCUACUGGCCUACAUACAAAAGCCAAAUUACAGGGCAAGUGUAAGAAUAUGGAUGUGAGUGGAAUGGAGGAUUGGAAGCAGUAUGAAGGGGAAAGCGACUUUCAGACACUGACUACAGGACAUAAACUGCUGUGCGUACAACCUGAAUUCCCUGGAGCGGGGAAUGCUGGUGAAGCACGGGUCCAUAGCAGUAUCCUCCGGGACAUGGCAAUGUUAGGUUAUCUUGGCCAGCUUCAGCCUCUGGAAACGAGAUCAGUACUUCCCUUACACAGUCUGAUUCCCUAUCAGGUACCUUUCAAUGCUGUUGCGCUCAGAGUUAUUCACACCGAUGUUGCUCCUACACAAAUCAUGUAUUCAGUAAAUGCCAGCUGGGUCGGUCUCUGCAGGAUAUUGGACGAGGUCAGGUGUCAGACUGAUGGGCCAAUCUUGCUUACACAGACACCAGUCUGUGAUUGCUUGGGCUUCGGCAUUAUCCGAGCGGUUGACACGGAGAGGAAGCUUUACCAUAUUCUGACCCCAGUACCUCCAGAAAACUUAAGACUUGUCAACUGUCUGCUUCUGGGAAGCAUCACCAUUCCAGAUUGUGUCUUUACAAACCAGGGACCUGAGGGAGAGAUCCCUUAUGUGACAUCCGAAUACAGUUAUGACAUUUCCGGAGCUGGGAAGUUGAAAAUGAAGAAGCAUCUCAAGAGAAGAGAACACAGUAGACCAUAAGCUCUAUUUAAAGCCUUGUGAGAGAAUGAAUUACCAGGCUUGUUCCUAAGGGUCCGGGGAGCUUCCCAGAGAACUUGGCACAUUCUGUGGCCUUUGCUGGUUCCAAGAACUGUGAGAGGAGGAACAGUUAGCAUCCAGUGCAGAUUGUGCAGUGCUUACCUGCCAGCCAGGUUUUAUACUUCUGUUUAUUUACCAUUGUGUGUUAUAGUAAAAUCUAUUAAACUUCAGUUUGUUUCUCUUUCAAA